AUGCCACCGAGAACACCAGGCCGCAGGGCCGAGGAAGUCAUGAUGGACGGUGCAGACGAGGUCUCGACGCCCGUGGCGCUGUCUAUGAGGGACAUGUCUGCGAUACUCAACACUACGUCGAGCCCUGUUUCUCCGGGCCAGUCGAGUCCCGAGCUGGAGCAGGCAAAACCGGCCGAUUUUUUGCCCCCAGCACGACCGAGCAGCACGCCUUUCUCCCAUCCUGAGAACCGAAACCCACACACAUUCUCCCUCGACGACCGGGAUGUCGACUGCCAGUCGGCCCUUACCGACAAGGCGCCCGCCAUGCCGCAUGAUGAAGCGCACGAUGAGCCCGUUCUCGGUCACCUGCACGAGACCCAGUUCCAGCAACUACCCAUAGAGGUACACGAGGGCAUCAUCGACCAUCUCUUCGGAUUCUGCAUCUCUCCUACCUCUAGCAGCGCCAUGAAAAUCUCUAGCCUGACUAAGUGCUGGGCUACUGCACUCCGUCACUCGCGCCGACGGGAGCUGUCCAACCUGGCUCUCGUCAACCGCCGGUGGACCUUUCUGAUCCAGCAACGACUCUACCGUCACAUCAAGCUGAAAGCGACCAUCGACUACAUCGAGGACGCCAUCAUGCACUUCAGCUGCCACCCGCACCUCGCGAGCUACGUCAAGCAUAUCGAGGUCUGGUUUCCCGUCUUCCAGCCUAGAUACGGCCCCCCGGCAACGUCCAACACACUGGCAUUGCCGACGGUAACCUCCAGCGGCUUGACCAAUGCAACCUAUAUUCUCCCGGACAACAACUGCACUCUCGACGAGAUGUUUCGAUUCGUGACGUUGGCCCUGCCAGAGGCUCAGGUCCUGACGCUCGAGGGUGGAGAGCGGCGCAAGGCGCCCAAGGUGGCUCAUUUUGACAAGCGAGACCCGCCGCAAGGCCCAAAUCGUCCCCUGCACCCCAUUGAGUCUGUCCGCACAUUGGUCACCCGGGGUCAGUGGAAUCUGAUGAGGGACAACGACGACUUUGCCCGGGUGCUUGGCGCGCUGCCGAAUCUCGAAGAGUGGCAAGGUUCGUACAGCAAGCCCAAGUCUAAGAGCUACAUCACGGUCUCGGACUAUAUCCCAUCGCUUCCCACCAAUGUGAAGCGGCUCGGGCUCUGCAUGGAGAAUGACUACCGCCGAGAGGCCAUCACGCCGUCGUUUUAUUCCAAGGUGGCCAUGAGGACACACAUUUGCCUCUCGCUGGGCCACAUCCUGCCACGCCUGGAACACUUCUCAUAUACGGGCCGGAUAUGCCACAAGUGUUUUGACCUUGCCUUGCGCAUGAGCGAUCCCCUGCGGUCGAAGCUUCGAUCCAUUGACGUGACCAUCAAGAAUUGCUGCCGCGACUCCGACGCGGCAACCCAGUACAAUGGAACUGGUUCGGGCAUCCACGAGAUGUCCUUUAUUGAGGCCUUUGAGAAGCUCGUCAUCUCGGCGAUCCGUCUGCUGGCGAAGCACCCACAGCUCCAGUACCUGAGGAUCCGCUUCGUGGAUCUUGACUCCCUCCUGCCGCCCCUCAACCCGUACUUCCUGCUGGCAAAGGGAAAAUGCACUGGGGUGUGGAGUGACGACAUCGUCACCGAGAUGGCAAAAGUCCGUCCCCGCGCCGCCUUUGCCGAACUUUGCGACAACUUUGGCAACAUUGUGUAUAGCAAGGAAGGCAGGAUGGUCAUCUCGCCGGAGUGCCCGCGGGGACGGGUCCUGUCGCUCAAAAUCUGCAACUAUCAGGCGCUCGCCAAUCGGAUGACGAUACAGUGA